GGCCAGGGAGAGCGUUGUCGUGGGCGAGUAGAGGGAGCAGCUAUUUAUAGGAAGGGUAGGGAGCCGUGCAGCCAGUUGGAAAGGGUGGGCCAGACCGGACGGAGGUGGGCCCGGCCUGGUAACUGGUAAAGUCCAGGUCUAGGUGAAGAGCUUAUGAAGGGGUGAGGAGCCCUCUGGGUAGGGAGGGGUCUGGUCUGGUGUUUGCCUGACAAGGGGGCGGAGCCAAGGAAAGGGUGAGGAAGGGGCAGGACCUGGAAACGAGUGGGGCCCAGUGGAUCGGAAUGGGCCAGUGCACCUUAUGCACAGCCGCCACCCGUCUGUCAGUGGAGGCCUGCGUGUUGCUUUGGUGCUGAACAAAGACGGGCUAGGAAGAAAGGCCUGGUGAUCUACGUCUGAAAAUCAGCCAGUGAAAACGUCAUAGAGCACAGUUCUAUUCUGUCACACGCGGGGUCAGCUUUAGUCAGAAUCAACUCUACAGCGGACCCGCAUACGGGAGAAGAACGGUACGAGGUGGGAAGGGAGACUUCUGACGCCAUCAUGCAGCGAAGUAUCAUGUCAUUUUUCCAACCCAAGAAGGAGGGCAAAGCAAAGAAGCCAGAGAAAGAAACCUCCAACAGCAGCAGAGAGACGGAACCUCCCCCAAAAGUGGCGCUGAAGGAGCGGAAUGGAGUGGUGCCCGAGAGUGAGUCUCCAGUGAAGAGACUGGUGAGGAAGGCAGCCCGGGUCUUGAGCAGUGAAGAGGAGGAGGAGGACAGUGCUCUGACCUCUCUCAAAGGCCAGAAACCUGCUCCAGGCUCUCCGAAAGCCUCCCCUCCCAGUCCUGCUGCAUCUCUGGAGAGCAUCCCUUCCCCCUCCGAAGCCAGUCCCGUGGAAGUCUCCCCAUCAGGGAUUCCGAAGCGUCGCACAGCUCGGAAGCAGCUCCCGAAACGGAAAAUUCAGGAUGUCCUGGAAGAACAGAGUGGAGACAAGGAAAGAGAGACCAAGAGGAAGAAGGAAGAAGAAGAAGCAGAGACCCCAGCAGAAAGUGUCACAGAGCCUGAAGUGGCAAAAAAAAAGGAAGCAGAAGAUGAGGACCAGCCCAGGAUGUCACCUAAACCCUGCAAGACUUCUGAAGCAGAGACCCCAGCAGAAAGCACUUCAGAGCCUGCAGUGGGCGUGAAGAAGGAGCCACAGGAGGGGGACCAGACCAAGCCUUCCCCCAGGCCUUCUAAGAGGAUCAGCAGUUUCUUCACCCCUCGAAAGCCAGCCACAAAAAAAGAAGUGAAAGAAGAGGGGUCAGGUGCUCCAGGAGAAGAGGAGACAAAGGGACCCCUGGACCCAGCCGACUACAAUCCUGCCAAGAACAACUACCACCCUAUUGAAGAUGCCUGCUGGAAGUCUGGCCAGAAGGUCCCCUAUCUGGCCGUGGCCCGGACCUUUGAGAAGGUUGAGGAGGUCUCUGCUCGGCUCCGGAUGGUGGAGACACUGAGCAACCUGCUGCGCUCCGUGGUGGCCCUGUCACCUCCAGACCUCCUCCCUGUCCUCUACCUUAGUCUCAACCGCCUUGGGCCACCACAGCAGGGCCUGGAGCUUGGCGUCGGUGACGGCGUCCUUCUCAAGGCCGUGGCCCAGGCCACAGGUCGGCAGCUGGAGUCCGUCCGGGCCGAGGCAGCCGAGAAGGGUGACGUGGGGCUGGUAGCCGAGAGCAGCCGCACCACUCAGAGGAUCAUGUUGCCCCCUCCCCCACUUACCGCCCCUGGGGUCUUCGCCAAGUUCCGUGACAUCGCCCGACUGGCUGGUAGUGCUUCCACAGCCAAGAAGAUAGACAUCAUCAAAGGCCUCUUUGUUGCUUGCCGACACUCAGAAGCCCGAUUCAUCGCCCGGUCCCUGAGUGGACGGCUGCGCCUCGGGCUGGCUGAGCAGUCAGUCCUGGCUGCUCUCGCCCAGGCCGUGAGCCUCACACCCCCCGGCCAAGAAUUCCCCCCGGCUGUGGUGGAUGCUGGGAAGGGCAGGACAGCGGAGGCCAGGAAGACGUGGUUGGAUGAGCAAGGCAUGGUCCUGAAGCAGACGUUCUGUGAGGUGCCCGACCUGGACUGCAUCGUGCCAGUCCUGCUGGAGCACGGCUUGGAGCAUCUACCAGAGCACUGCAGGCUGAGCCCAGGGAUCCCCCUGAAACCAAUGCUGGCCCAUCCCACCCGGGGUGUCAGCGAAGUCCUAAAGCGCUUUGAGGAGGCAGCUUUCACCUGCGAAUACAAAUACGAUGGGCAGAGGGCACAGAUCCAUGUUCUGGAAGGCGGGGAGGUGAAGAUCUUCAGCCGGAAUCAGGAGGACAAUACCGGGAAGUACCCCGAUAUCAUCGACCGCAUCCCCAAGAUCAAACUCCCAUCAGUCACCUCCUUCAUCCUGGACACUGAGGCCGUGGCUUGGGACCGGGAAAAGAAGCAAAUCCAGCCAUUCCAAGUGCUCACCACCCGCAAACGCAAGGACGUGGAUGCAUCAGAGAUCCAGGUGCAGGUGUGUUUGUACGCCUUCGACCUCAUCUACCUCAAUGGAGAGUCACUGGUACGGGAGCCCCUCUCACGACGCCGGCAGCUGCUCCGGGAGAACUUUGUGGAGACGGAGGGUGAGUUUGUCUUCGCCACCUCGCUGGACACCAAGGACACAGACCAGAUCGCCGAGUUCUUGGAGCAGUCGGUGAGAGACUCAUGCGAGGGGCUGAUGGUGAAAACCCUGGAUGUGGAUGCUACCUACGAGAUAGCCAAGAGGUCGCACAACUGGCUCAAGCUGAAGAAGGACUACCUCGAGGGAGUGGGCGACACCCUGGACCUCGUGGUGAUCGGUGCCUACCUGGGCCGGGGGAAGCGUGCUGGCCGCUACGGGGGCUUCCUCCUGGCCACCUACGACAAGGAGAGUGAGGAGCUGCAAGCCAUAUGCAAGCUUGGAACGGGCUUCAGCGACGAGGAGCUGGAGAAACAUCACCAGAGCCUCCAGGCCCUGGUGCUGCCCAGCCCUCGCUCCUACGUGCGGGCCGAUGGGGCCGUGGCCCCAGACCACUGGCUGGAGCCCAGCACCGUGUGGGAGGUGAAGUGUGCUGACCUGUCCCUCUCCCCCAUCUACCCUGCGGCCCGUGGUCUGAAGAACACCUCCCAAACCCAACUCACUGCCGUGGAGUCACGUCCGACUCACAGCAACCCUGCAGGACAGAGUAGAACUGCCCCAUAGAGUUUCCAACGCUAUAAUCUUUACAGAAGCAGACUGCCACAUCUUACUCCCAAGGAGCAGCUGGUAGGUUUAGACCUUUCAGUUUGCAGCUAAGCGCUUUAACCACUGCACUACCAGGGCUUCUCUCAAAAGAACAACAACUCUCAAACAUGUACUCACUCUGAGAUUCUUCUCAUCCUUCAAAACCUACGGCACAGACUUUCCAGUUUAGAAGUAGGCUUCCAUUUUUAAAGGGGAAACUCAUAUUUUAAAAAACUUUUUUUUAAUUGUGGUAAAAAUAUAUACAGUGAGACCUGAGAGAGCUGGAACUCGACAGGACUGCCUCAUUUUUCCAGGUCUCGCGAGCUUUCCACCUUUGACAGGGUGCAGUUUUACCACUUUUAUUUCUCUCUGUUAGUGGAAAAUAUUUGAAUUUUCAUUCUCUGACAGGUUUCCACCUGACACGGGUCCUGGCUUUCACAGGUUUUUCUGUAUCACACAGCAUUUACCAAUUCAGCCUUUAUUUGGGUGUCAGGUGACGGAGUCAAAAAACUCACCCUUUUAAAAAAGAAAUGCUCUGAUAACGGAAAACCGAGAAAUUGCUCCCUCCAACAUAACCUCACGUUCCGCUUCUAAGUAAAGUUCAAAAGUGCCGUUUUUGUGAGUAACGGCUUCGUACACUUUCUGCUGAGCUGCCUACAUCCACAGCCACCUUUUCUUUUUCAACCAUAAUUUAUUCUGCCACCAAGAGCUUUUUAAGUCCUUUUGGCUCAUCUCCCUCAGCGGUGGUUCAGACCUCAAUACUAACUAAACGUUAGCCCUUCAACGAGCUCUGGGGAAGAGCUUAUCCUUCUCCUUCAGAAGAACAAUUCUGAAAAAGUACUUGCUCUGAGAUGCUUCUUUUCUUUCAAAACCUAGCUAGCUCAUAUUUUUCUGGUUAGAUGUGGACUUCCAUUUUUAAAGGGGGGAGACUCACAUAUGUGUAUAUAUUUUUAUUUGAAUAUAUAAUAUAUAUCUAACACAACAUUCUGCAAUUCAGCAUUUUUUACACAUACAAUUCAGUGACACCGAUGACAUCAGUCAUGUUGUGCAGUCAUCACCAGUGUCUGUUGCCAGAUUUCCUGUCACUAUAAACAGAUACUCAGUGCUUUCUAAAAGGAGCCCUGGUGGCGUCUUGGUUAAGCAGACGGCUGCUAACCGAAAGGUCAGCGGUUCGAACCCACCAGCCACUCCGUGGAAGAAAGAUGUGGCAGCCUGCUUCCAUAAAGACCCUAUGGGGCAGUUCCGCUGUCCUGUAGGGUCACUGUGAGUCAGAGUCAACUCAGCGGCAGUGGGUUUGGUUCGGUUUGAAUGCUUUCUAAACAAUGAUGUCCCCUUUCUCCCUCCCUCCCACCACUGGUAACCACUGCUAAGCCUCGGUCUCUCUGCAUUUGUCUUUUCUAGAUAUUUUGUACAAGUGGGAUCAUACAGUAUUUGUCCUUUGAUGACUGGCUUAUUUCACUCGGCAUAAUGUUUUCCAUGUCCAUCCAUGUUGUAGCACGUAUCAGAACCUCAUUUCUUUUUUGAAUAGUACUCCAUUGUCUGGAUAUGCCACAUUUUAUUUAUCUAUUCCUGAAACUCAUAUUUUCGAUCCAGUUUUUUCUAAAGACCAUAUAUGCUCGCUUUCCUCACUCAUGCUCCAAGGAGAAAACCAGGGUCCCUUGGCUGCAGAGUGAUCAGAGCUGGCGGUUGUUCAGCACUUACUGCGAAUCAGCUGCUGUGCUAAUGAUAAGCACCUCACUUGUAUGUACUCAUCCUGGUAAUCCUCACGAAAAUGCUGUGGCAUGGGAACACGAACAGCCUUGUUUUACAGAUAAGGAAACGAGCCCCCGAGAGCUUAGGUAAUCGGCCCAAGGUCUCACGGCUCCUGGGAGUUGGGAGCUAGGAUUUGAACCCACCCAGUCUAGCUCUGUGCCACGCAUUGGCGGCUCAGUGGUAGAAUUCUCGCCUUCCACAUGGGAGACCCAGGUUCAGCUUCCGGCCCGUGCACCUCAUGCACAGCUACCACCCCUCUGUCAGUGGAGGCUUGUGUGUUACUACAAUGCUGAACAGGCCACUGCAGGGCUUCCAGACUAAGACAGACUAGGACGAAAGGCCUGGCAAUCUCCUCCCAAAACUCAGCCAGUGAAGACCCUGUGAAUCACAAGGGUCUGAUCCACAACCGGUAAUGGGAAUGGCGCAAGACUGGGCAGAGUUUGGUUCAUUGUGCGUGGGGUUGUCAUGAGUCGAGGCCACCUGGACGGCAGCUAACAGCACGAGCCACGGUCAUGUUGUAGAGUUCAUGCCCGUGAUCCUGCUGUUCUGCUUCUCGGCCCUCAUAAUAAUGAUAAUGAGAAGUGCUUGUUCUGCAGCAGGCACAGUUCUAAGCACCUUGUAUCCUUAAAACAACCCAUUGCUCAUCCCCAUUCUAUGGAGGAGGAAACUGAGGCCGGGGUGAAGGAGGGAGGAGGAGACUUUGAAUAAUAGGGAAUCACAGCAGCAAGCCAACUGCAGUUUGGACCACAGGACAGUUCCCAUCAUCCCUGCCCUCCCCGCC